GAAACAGGAAAGUAUAUGAAGGACUAUGAAGAAGGACAGCUCUUUUUGCAGAGAGAUAGAUAGAGAGAGAGAGAGAUAGGUAAACAAAAAAUUCAUGGCCACACUAUCUCACUCCUCUUAUCUUCUCUCUUCUGCUUAAAACCUUUUUUAAGCCCCAUAACCAAAACCCAUUAAAACCCAAACCAAAAAAAAAAAGUGAAAACUUCCUGUAAAAAAAAGUUCUUGCCUUUGGUGGCAGUGGCGGUGAUUUUAGUUUAUUUUUAUUAUUUUUUACUGAGAGUAAAAUGGAUUUCGAGGAUCAAGAAGAUCACGAUGAAGAGAUGGAGCUCGGUGGGGCUAGUUACGACUCGUUGGGGAACUCGGGUCGUGUCAAAAUGCAAAACUCUGGUGGACUAUUAGCAGCAUCAGGAGGAGGAGGAGGAAGUGGAGGAGCUGAGGCUGUGACUCAGCCGUCGAGGAAGCCGAGGUACCGUGAGUGUCUGAAGAACCACGCGGUGGGUCUCGGAGGCCACGCGCUUGACGGUUGUGGGGAGUUCAUGCCAGCUGGAGCUGAAGGCACACUCGAUGGGCUUAAAUGCGCAGCUUGUAACUGCCACCGCAACUUCCACCGUAAGGAAGGCGAGGGACACGGCGGAAUCUCGACAUCCCCGGCCUCCGCCGCCGCCAUGGCCUCCGGCGAUGCUUACAUGGUUCCACACCACCAUCAAUUCUCGCAGUACUAUCGAACCCCAGCUGGGUAUCUAGUGGCGACCCAGCAGAGGCCGUUGGCUUUGCCAUCGACAUCAGGUGGUGGUGGGGGAAAUAGUAGGGAUGAGCAAGAUGACGUGUCGAACCCAAGUGGAGGGAGUGGUGGGUAUGUAGGGACGGCUUCGAAGAAGAGGUUUAGGACAAAGUUCACGCAGGAGCAGAAGGAGAGGAUGAUGGAACUGGCUGAGAGGUUGGGUUGGAGGAUUCAGAAGCAUGAUGAGCAGGUGGUGCAGCAGUUCUGUAACGACACUGGGGUUAAGCGUCAUGUGCUCAAGGUUUGGAUGCACAACAACAAGCACACACUCGGUAAGAAGCCCUAGCUAGCUAGCUAGUUUUUUUUAUAAAAAAGAUUUGGAAGAAGAAGAAGAAGAUGAAGAAGACGAAGAAGAUGAAGAUGUGUUUCUCUUUUGUAGCUAAAGUCUAGACAUUGAAGAAGGAUUUUUAAGAAAGAAGGGAGGAGGGGACUGGUUUUGGUUUCUCUUUCUGUCUGUUAUUAAUGUCUGUCUUUUUUCUUUUUCUUUUUUUCUUUCUCUUUCUCUAUCUCUCUAUCUAGCUAGCUAGCUCAGUGCACUGAAAGAAAGAUUGGUACGGGGAUGAAGGAAUUGGAAGUGGGAAAUUGUGUUGCUGCUGACUUUGCUGAGAAAUUCUGCUACUUUUCUCGGGAUUUUAGGGUUUGCUUUUCUUUUUCUUUUUCUUUUUUUUUGGGGGGGGAGGGUUUUGUGUUUAGGUAGUACUGCUGCUGGUGUUUUGGAUGGAUAUUGUCAAUUUGGAUUAGACUAUUGUUGAUGGGCUAGCUAAUUUCAUUUUCAUAUUUCAGUGCAUGCAAAAUCUUUGCUUUGUUA